CCAAUUAUUCAUUCCCGAAACAGAGCAAACAAGGUCUGGGAAAGAAAGAUGUUAUAAAAUACGUAAGACUGUAAGAGUAGCGGACAAGGGAUCGAUCAAUCAAUUCGGCCAUGGAUGAGGAAUCGAAAACUCCGGCUGAGAUCCCUCUGCUUCAAUCUUCUUCAAGAGGUUCGGCCUCUGCAAUUCAGACUCUUGGGAACAUAAUUGUGUCCAUAGUUGGCACUGGCAUUCUGGGUCUCCCCUUUGCCUUUCGAGUCGCCGGUUGGGGUGCUGGAUCUCUCGGUGUCAUGAUCGCUGGACUCUGCACUUACUAUUGCAUGCGCGCUCUGGUUCAAUGUAAAGACAAAUUGGCAACAGAAGAAUUAGUGGAAGAACACAAAACCUAUGGAGAUUUGGGUUACAAAUGCCUGGGAACCCCAGGCCGUUGCCUAACAGAAUUCCUCAUAUUUAUCUCUCAGUGUGGAGGAGCCGUAGCAUACUUGGUCUUCAUUGGCCAAAACCUUGAAUCUAUAUUCAAUGGUCACGGCCUCACCUGUGCUGAGUACAUAUUCUUGUUAGUCCCUAUAGAGAUUGCACUAUCAUGGAUAGGCUCUUUAUCGGCCCUAGCGCCUUCAAGCAUUUUCGCCGAUAUAUGCAAUGUUCUGGCAAUGGCAAUAGUGUUGAAAGAAGACGUACAGAAGGUGAUGGGAGGUGGGUUUUCGUUUAAGGAUAGGAAAGCAUUCACAGAUAAGAUUGGAGGGUUGCCUUUUGCAGGAGGUAUGGCAGUGUUUUGUUUCGAAGGAUUUGGGAUGACAUUGGCUUUAGAGAGAUCAAUGAAAAAGAAGGGUGCUUUUUCUACGUUGUUAGCUAAGGUAUUCACUGGUAUAACACUAGUGUAUGUUUUGUUUGGUUUCUGUGGGUACAUGGCAUAUGGGGAUGAAACCAAAGACAUUAUUACUCUCAAUUUGCCAAGAAGUUGGUCAGCCAUUGCAGUCCAGAUUGGAUUAUGCUUGGGGCUGGUGUUCACAUUCCCGAUCAUGGUACACCCGGUGAACGAGAUCGUGGAGGACAAGCUGAAGAAGGUGCAUUGGUUUCAAAAGCUUCACUACAACGAUAAUAUUGCUCUAACAAGAUUAGCGAAGGUUGGGAUAUACUUGAGCCGUGCGAUUUUGGUGGUUUUGUUAGCCACCUUGGCCUCAUGCGUGCCUGGAUUCGGCAUAUUCGCCUCCCUUGUAGGGAGUACUGUGUGUGCAUUGUUAUCUUUUGUUUUGCCAUCCGCGUUCCACCUUAAACUGUUGGGCCCUUCCUUGCAUCCAUUGCAGAAAACUCUCGAUUUCUGCAUUUUGUUUGGUGGAUUGCUUUUUGCUGUAUAUGGUACUUACAGCACUGUUAUAGGAGUUUGAAUUGAAGGAAUCCUUGCUUCACUUACUUUUGAUUGUAAGCUCAGCUUCUGAAUGAAGAAAUCAGUUCACCUUAAUUUCAGAGACAAUGACAAGGUAGCCCGUAAAGUA